AUGUCUGUGAAAAUCACUUCCAAAGAACAAGUCAAUGACUUGCUUGAUAAAUAUGAUUAUUUCUUAUUUGACUGUGAUGGUGUAUUAUGGUUAGGUGAUCAUUUAUUACCAUCAAUUCCAGAAACUUUAUCAUUAUUGAAAGAAAAAAACAAGCAAGUUAUAUUCGUGACUAAUAAUUCAACUAAAUCAAGAAAUGAUUAUCUUAAAAAAUUUGAAAAACUUGGUAUAAAUAAUGUUACCAAGCAAGAAAUUUUUGGAUCUUCAUAUGCUUCUGCUAUCUAUAUUGAAAAGAUUUUGAAAUUACCUAAAGAUAAGAAAAUUUGGGUUUUAGGAGAAAAAGGUAUUGAACAAGAACUUAAAGAAUUAGGAUAUACAACAAUUGGUGGUACUGAUCCAGAUUUAACUUCAAAUGGAACUCCAUUUGAUCUUAAUGAUCCAAGAUUUAGUAAUUUGGAUAAUGAUGUUGGUUGUGUUUUAUGUGGAUUGUUAUUUGAUGUCAACUACUUGAAAUUAUCUUUAACUUUACAAUAUUUAUUGAAAGAUAAUAAGACAAUUCCAUUUAUUGCAACCAAUAUUGAUUCUACUUUCCCAACUAAUGGAAAAUUAUUGAUUGGUGCUGGUUCUAUUAUUGAAACUGUUAGUUUUGCCAGUAGUAGACAGCCUGAUGCCAUCUGUGGUAAGCCAAACCAAUCUAUGAUGAACAGUAUUAAAGCUGAUUUCCCUAAAUUGGGAGAAAAUCCAAGAAGAGGUUUGAUGAUUGGUGAUCGUUUGAAUACUGAUAUGAAAUUCGGCAGGGAUGGUAACUUGGACACCUUGUUGGUUUUAACUGGUAUUGAAACAGAAGAAAAUGUUAAGCAAUUAAAUGCAAAUGAAGCUCCGACUUACUUUAUUAAUAAAUUGGGAGACUUUUAUGAAUUCAAUCAAUAG